CUCCCAUUUUCCAUUAUCCUGGGAGAUGAGGGUUUCUAAGAGUGAGGGAUUUGCUUAACUUGGGGGCAGGUGAAGAUAUAGGCUGCUAAGGGGCUUAGAGAUCAACUAACCCACCCCAUUUCGGGGACAGACGGAGGCCCAGGGAAGGGAAAGGCACUUGUGCUUUUUUUUUGGUGACAGACUAGGAAACGGGCUCGGGGAGACACCUUGAUUUCACUAACAGAUACUGAGAACCGGGGAAGGAAAGGCCACUCCUGCCCUCGGUAACAGACGAGAAAACUGAGGUCCCGGGAGGAAAAGGGCCAUAUUGACUUCUGUAACACGCCGAGAAACAGGGCGGGGGAAGGAAAGGCCACCCUGCCUUCAUUAACUGAAGAGAAAACUGAGGAAGGGAAGGAAAAAGUCAACGAAGAGCAGAAACUCGAUGCAGGGGCGUCUGGCUCCAAACUUGGGAGUCCCAUGACAAGGAAAAAAGCGGUCUUUCAUAGAGCAAAGCCGCGCCCUGCCGCGCCCGCCGAGGACAUCUCCACCCCCGUCCUCCUAGGGCUACUGGGCGUAGUAUCCUCUGAGGGCCUCCUUCCACCUGGAUUCGGCGGCUUCCUUAGCCAAGCGCCCUUCCGUUGCCAGGCAACGCCACCCUCGUGCGGAGACUGGCGGCUCUCAGCCACGUGACACCCCGGCCGCCUUCCCGGAGGUGGCUCUUUGCCCGGAAGUGACCUUCUUUUCUUCCAGCUCUUCCGCCCCCACUGCAGAAAGCGGAAGUGAAGCAACCCGCUGAGCCAUUCUCUCCUAUUCGUGCUUAGCCUCUUGUCGUCUUACUCUUCUUUCGACCGGCCCAUGGCCACCUACCACUACCGGACGGCUACCGCGGGCAGCUCUGGCCCAGGGCCUGCCGCUGCCGCGUCCCUCCCAGACCAGAGCUUCCUGUGGAAUGUCUUUCAGCGGGUUGAUAAAGACAGAAGUGGAGUAAUAUCUGACAAUGAAUUGCAACAAGCAUUAUCCAAUGGCACCUGGACUCCAUUUAAUCCUGUAACAGUCAGAUCAAUCAUAUCGAUGUUUGACCGAGAGAACAAAGCAGGAGUGAACUUUAGUGAAUUCACUGGAGUUUGGAAGUAUAUCACAGAUUGGCAGAAUGUCUUCCGGACAUAUGAUAGAGACAACUCUGGAAUGAUUGACAAAAAUGAACUAAAGCUAGCGUUAUCAGGUUUCGGUUAUCGGUUAUCUGACCAGUUUCAUGAUAUCCUUAUCCGAAAAUUUGACAGACAAGGAAGAGGACAGAUUGCUUUUGAUGAUUUCAUUCAAGGCUGCAUUGUCUUACAGAGGUUGACAGAUAUAUUUCGGCGUUACGAUACCGAUCAGGAUGGCUGGAUUCAAGUAUCUUAUGAACAGUAUCUUUCCAUGGUCUUCAGUAUUGUAUAACACUCACCGUUGGAGGUUAUCGAUGGGACUGUUAUGGAAAAAAGACUGGAAAUGCCAAAUUCCUUAUCUUGUCACGUCAUGAAAAAGAACACUGAUGCAACUCAAGAUUGUCUUCCUCCCAAAUUUUAUACAAUUGAUAUGUUUUAUGGUUCCAAAUCCUAACUGUAUAUAUGUGUAAAGGCUAAUUAAUAUUUUACCAUAGUAACUAUAGCCACAUAGCUCUCCAGAUGCAAAAUGGAUUUAGUUUGUGGAUGUUUGUGCCAUGAAGUAGAAUAUAUGUAACUUUGCUUCAGGUAUCCCGCAUGAAAAAUGCAUCUUCUCUUUUGUAGUUGUCUCCACUCUUGUCAGAAUGCUUCUCCUAAUUAAUCAGAAUUUUUAAAUAAUAUGGAACUUGCACACAUAAGGCUUUUCAUGUGCCUUACUUUUUUUAAAGGGGGGGGUUAUUGUAUCCAUUUUAAUAUUAUGUAAUGUAAGCAAUAAAGGAAAUGGUACAGACUAGUGUUUUACCAAUAUUUCCAUAUCUUUUGAAUCGUAGAAAAGAUUAAAACAAAUGUAUAGGCAGCCCCUCUCCGCCAUAUUCAGUGACAUCAUCAUCACUUCAAAGAUGCUAUUAAGGCCUGUUCAGUGGCAGAGCUUUGCAUGGACAGUUUUCUUAGCAGGCUUGGUGAGGGCUGUUUACUCCUACUGUCAAGUCAAUCGAGGAUUAAAGCUGAGAGAGUAGAGAUGUAACACUAGUGUGAUAUGGAGCAUCAGGCUCUGUAAAUUCUGUUUGUAACCAUCAUGGCUGUUUUGUAAAACAUGCUUUCCUAUUUUUAUCUUGACUGUGAAAUAAAUGAGUAUAUGCUA